UGUUACCAUUUUGGCAUUGGUGAAGAGGAGAAAGUAACACAGAAGAAGGAAGCUAGGGCGAGUGGCAAAAACAGUAACAGAGAUGCCGAGAUUCGAUCCAUGGCCCGUAUUCUUCAAGCGAGAGUGGAGCCGGAACUGGCCUUUCUUGGUCGGUUUCGCCGUCACCGGUACCAUCAUCACCAAGCUUUCUCUUGGUCUCACAGAGGAGGAUGCUAAGAAUUCCCCUUUCGUUCAGAGGCACAAGAGGUGAAUUUCGGGCUCCUGAUGUAGUUCCCAGGUAGUAGUCUUGCAUGGGACGGGUGGUUUGGCUAUUUGUUUCUGAUUUAUGAUCAAAUAACAAUUGCUACAAUGAUCAAGAUCUUUGCUUUUUGGAUUUUAUAUUUUAUGCUGCCCUUUUGACUUGAAUAAAAAGGAUGAACUCUAUUGAUUCU